AUGGAAGGAACAGUGAUAAACGAUAGGUAUAAGGCGGUAAGAGAGCUGAAGCCUGCCAGAGAUGGGAAAAUUUACUGGGUUGUUGAGGACCAGCAAAAAGGGAAAGAGUUGAAGAUGCUCAAAGGAAUUGCUCUUUUCGACGAAAAACAGGAGGAAGAAGCGAAACUUGAAGUUGAUCUUCUUCGACGACUAGACCAUCCUCAUGUCGUCAAACUUCUCGACGACAUCUCAUUUACUGCUCCGAACAACCAAAACUACCGAGGACUGAUUUUGGAAUAUCUUCCAGGAGGCGACUUGUCGCAGUUCUUUCAGAAGAAACUCGAAAAUGAGGGAGGUGAAAAUGAAGAAGAAUGGGAAGAAAACGAUGCUCUUGGGAUUUGUGCGCAGAUUGUUCUUGCUAUGAACUACCUGCACGGCGAGAAUAUCAUCCAUCGGGAUAUUAAGCCGGAAAACAUUCUUUUUUUUGCUGAUGAAAAAGAGAUCAAAAUCGCUGAUUUCAACGUCUCCCGCGUGACUGAAGGAACCAUGAGCACUGGUAUUGCAGGAUCAAUGGAAUAUAUUCCUCCAGAGAGUCUUCAAGCUCAAGGAAAUGAAAAUGCUUCUUUCAGUCUUGAUAUUUGGGCGAUGGGAAUCUUUUUUCAAAUGCUCUGCACUUUCAGGCACCCUUUCGCGACUGGGAAUCUCUUUCAAACGAUCAACAACAUCGCCCAAAAUCUCCGAAACCCGGCGGAGGUCGUUUUCCCGGCGAUGGAAAGUUUGAUUCAAGAAUGUCUCAAAAUCGACCUUGGAGAAAGAGCCGCAAAUGCAGCAGCUUUGAUGAAUCAUCGCUCGAUCGUCAGUUUGCAUCAGAUAUUGACUUGA